AUGCGUAGCAAGUUUAAGGACGAGCACCCCUUCGAGAAGCGCAAGGCUGAGGCCGAGCGCAUCUGCCAGAAGUACUCCGAUCGCAUUCCUGUCAUUUGUGAGAAGGUCGAGAAGAGCGAUAUCGCCACCAUCGACAAGAAGAAGUAUCUCGUCCCCUCCGACCUUACCGUCGGCCAGUUUGUCUACGUCAUCCGCAAGCGAAUCAAGCUCUCCCCCGAAAAGGCUAUCUUCAUCUUCGUCGAUGAGGUCCUGCCCCCAACUGCUGCUCUCAUGAGCAGCAUCUACGAAGAGCACAAGGAUGAGGAUGGGUUCCUUUACAUCACUUACUCUGGGGAGAACACAUUUGGGUCCUCUUGA